AUGCCUCGCGUUCAGCCGCACCGCAAGUGCAAGACGGCUGACCAAAAGUUGAAGCGCGGGGUGGUGUACACAAUGAAGGACAGUGUCGAUGCGCGGGAUACGAUGUUGGCGUCCCGCAUCGGAGAACUGGCGAGUCGCUUCGGUCGGAGGCUCACUGUGGGCAGCAUAGGGUUCGCGGACCCCUCCGAGGAGUUCUCCACGCUCCAGGCGAUGACGACGGCUUGCGCCGAUUACGGUUGCCAGGCCACUUUCCACAAGCCCACUCUCACUGCGGAGUCUCUUCAGAGCAUCUUGUCAAACUUAUCGUCGACCCUCACGACGACGAAGACGGAGCUCACCGAAUUGGCUGGCUCAAAACAUCGCACCGUUCGUGAUGUGAAGCGAGAAUCGCACUCCCAGAUCAAAUUAGCGCAGACGCAAGUGAAUCUGCCGCGUGAUGAAGAUUGGUGGCUUUACAAGGUUGGGGCCGUCAGGAGGGCUAAAUGGGUAGAAGGCAAUCGAAGAGUGUACCGAAACAACGAACACUUUCGAGGCCCGAGGCAACAAGGUAAAUGGGACGCAUUGAAACCAUUUGAGCACGAGAAAGCUGUUGGCAUAGCCCACAAACGGAAGGUGUUUGGAGAGGGAGCUGAAAGGCUGGUCUCCAUGCUUCGCGAGUUUGACAGUGCGGGCCGCUUUGUGGGGCCGUGGUUGGUUGCAAAGCAGAGCAGAUUCGUCGAGGAAUUGGGCUCGUAUGGUUUUGAUUCAUACGAUGAGCACGCAUUCCACAGAACGUUCUGCUCGACGCAACAGAUAGCCGCACGCAUCGCGAAGACGUUCAACCGGAAACUCGAAGAGAUUCCAGGAGUGAAGGAAAACACGCCGCGGAUCGAGUUCUUGGAGUGUCGUGUUCUAAGUUUAUGCGACGACGCAUUUGGCGAUAUCGGCGUUCUGGCUGAGAAGAUGCUGGAUCCUUUGAAGUACAAGAAGUGGAACUCGAACAACGGAUACGUGGAUGGCAUGAGCAAGGCACAUGAUGCCGCCGGGGGCAAAUCAAUCGAAGGCGGGUUCGCUUCGCUGGAUUUGAACGCAACUGUUUUACCGGAAAACCUCGGCGCCAUCGUGGAGGAAGACGAGGAGGGCGAAGAAUCGAGCGACGAGGAGCACGUCCCGGAAGAAGACGGUCGGAAUCUGCAGAGUGCGAGCGCGAUGGACCAUCACCGCGGCGUCAAGUUUACCAUCGAAGAUAUUCCCCAGGCUUUCUCGUGCUUUUCGUACAAGUACUCGAGGAGGAAGUACCUGGUUUGCGACUUACAGGGUGUCCUGGAUCAGACGAGGUCGCCGCCUUGCUUCGAGCUGACUGAUCCGGUGAUUCACUACAGUAGCACGAAAGGCAGGAAGAACGUGUUUGGACGCACAGACCGCGGUCGCGAGGGCAUGAACAAGUUCUAUGCUACCCAUAAAUGCUCCGAACUCUGCGAAGCGUUGCGUAAGGUUUGGAAGCACAACGUCGGCAAAACAUCCCGCAGUGUCAUCAAGCCAAGGUUGAGAGCAACCUAGCAAGACCGGAUGAUGUAGGAUACCCUCUCUUUGGGAGAAAGUUUAUAUUGUAGAUUACCUGGUGAUGUGAACAAAAAAAUGAUUCUGUAUGCGCAUUCGAUGUAAUGGUC